CCGUGUCAGCACAGUGGGCCAGGCUUCCUAUUCAUACCGAAGCUGUCAAACCAGUCCCCCGUGUCCGAAUAAACCGCGCUUCCUCUCCCAAAACACGGCGGCUGGGGUUCCGUAACCUGAACAUUGUCAUUACCGUGCAAUGAGAGCCUCCCUCGGCGGAAAGGAGCGGACAAUGCUGAAGGCCGGUUGUGUGUAGCCGGUGCUGCAGGAUGGGGUGCACGGAUUUCCCGGGGGUGUUCACGCCGUGUGUACACUGAGACCUGCACAGUGUAGGCCUGUGUGUGACUGGAUACAACGGGGGAGACGGGCGCCCACAUCUACAGAGUGUGACAAAAAAAAUGAAGGAAAUUAUGCUCUUGGGAUUUCCAGAGGUCUACUGUACCUAAAGACUAGGAGCCAAUCAGAAACAGCACCAAAAUUACAAGUGUGCACCUGUGAUCGUUUGCUAGCAACAGUCAUGGUUUCCCCCAAAUGACUUCCCUGGCAGUCUUUUAAAUACCUCUAAGCGGCGUUCCUUGGGUCACUGAUUCUGGCAGCUUCGGAGGGGCAGAGAUAUUUUCUUCAAGAUGCUUAUUAAGGAAUAUCGCAUCCCGCUUCCUAUGACUGUGGAGGAAUACCGGAUUGCACAGCUCUACAUGAUACAGAAGAAGAGCAGAGAAGAGACAUGCGGAGAAGGCAGUGGUGUGGAAAUCUUGGAGAACCGACCAUAUACGGACGGUCCUGGGGGCUCUGGUCAGUACACACACAAGGUCUAUCACAUUGGCAUGCACAUCCCCAGCUGGUUUCGAUCCAUCUUACCCAAAGCUGCCCUGCGAGUUGAAGAAGAGUCUUGGAAUGCUUAUCCCUAUACAAGGACCAGAUACACUUGCCCCUUUGUGGAGAAGUUCUCCAUAGAUAUAGAAACUUUUUACAAAUCUGAAUGCGGAGAGCUGGCCAACGUUUUCAACCUUUCUCCAGCUGAGAAAAGGCAGACAGUACUGGAUCCUAUUGAUAUUGUUAAAGAUCCAAUCCCCCCACAUGAAUAUAAGCCUGAAGAGGACCCUAAAGUAUACAAAUCUGUGAAGACUAAAAGAGGUCCCUUGUCUGAUGACUGGAUUGAGGACCAUAGGAAUAAUCUUGCCCUGUCAUGCCCUAUCAUGUGUGCCUACAAGUUGUGUAAAGUGGAAUUUCGUUACUGGGGCAUGCAGUCUAAAAUUGAGAGGUUCAUACAUGAUGUUGGUUUGCGGAAAGUUAUGGUCCGAGCACAUAGGCAAGCUUGGUGUUGGCAAGAUGAGUGGUAUGGCUUAACCAUUGAGGAUAUUAGACAACUGGAGAAAGAAACACAACUCAUGUUGGCCCAAAAAAUGGCCCAGUUUAGUCUAAGUGAAAAUGAAGCAGAACAGCAUGCAGCCAAAGAAUCUCCUGGUGAGAAGGAUCCAGAGACCACGGCCAUUACCUCUAUAGAAACAGUUGAUGAACCAAGCAGCAUGACAGAGUCAAUUUCUGGAAGAGGACUAACCAAGCAGUGGUCCACUUCUUCUAGAUCAUCCAGAUCAUCAAAGAGAGGAGCCAGCCCAUCCCGACACAGUAUAUCAGAAUGGAGGAUGCAGAGCAUAGCCAGAGACUCUGAUGAGAGCUCAGAUGAUGAGUUUUUUGAUGCCCAUGAAGAUUUGUCAGAUAAUGAGGAAGUGCUGCCCAAGGAAAUGACAAAAUGGAGCUCGAAUGACUUUAUGGACAAGAUUGAAACAGCUGAGACUGACGAAUUGCAAGAUGAUUCCUACCAUGAAACUGCAGAGUACACAGUCAGCUCCAGUGUGGAAGGAUUAAGUAUAAUGGAGGAUGAAUCAGCGCAAGCCUCCCUGCAACCAUGCAAAGUCCAUGUGCUAAUCCUAGUACUUCAUGGAGGUAAUAUCCUGGAUACUGGCAUUGGAGACCCGAAUUCCAAGCAGGGUGACGUCAAUACCAUCAAGUCUGUGUUUGACACAGUAAUGAGGGUGCAUUACCCAGCGGCAUUAGGACACAUUGCAGUCAGGCUUGUUCCCUGCCCAGCCAUCUGCUCAGAAGCAUUUUCACUGGUAUCUAACCUGAGUCCAUACAGCUAUGAUGAAGGCUGUUUGUCAAACAGUCAGGACCACAUCCCCCUUGCUGCCCUUCCACUUCUGGCCACGUCCUCUCCACAGUACCUGGAAGCUGUAGCAAUGGUUAUUCAUCGAGCUAACCAGGUCUAUUUGGAUUUCACUAAAUCGCAUGAAGGCAUGUGCUUUACUGGGCAGGUUUGUUUGGUGGGUGACUGUGUUGGAGGAAUUCUGGGAUUUGAUGCCUUGUGUUACAGCAAUCAGACUGUGUCUGAAAGCCAGAACAGCAGCCGCAGAGGAAGCGUUGUCAGUGUCCAGGACACAGACCUCUUGUCUCCUGGCAUCAGUGUCAACAACAGUUACUGUAGUAGCUCAAACCUGGAGACUAGUAGGCACUUAAGCCGAAGUAACAUUGACAUACCUCGGAGCAAUGGAGAAGAUCCAAAGAAACAGCUUCCACGUAAGAGAAGUGAUUCUUCCACCUAUGAGCUGGACACCAUUAAACAGCACCAAGCUUUUCUUUCUAGUUUACACUCAAGCGUCCUAAGAAAUGAUCCAGGAUCUCGUAGAUCAAGCAGCUCAACAAUGCUGGAUGGAGGCAGCAUCGGGAAGUUUGACUUUGAAAUUUCUGAUUUCUUCUUAUUUGGAUCUCCUCUUGGAUUGGUACUGGCAUUAAGGAAAACCGUGAUUCCUGCCCUUGACAUUUUCCAGCUCAGACCAGGCUGCCAGCAAGUUUACAACCUAUUCCAUCCAGCAGAUCCGUCUGCAUCCCGCAUUGAGCCACUUUUAGAGAAGAAGUUCCAUUUGAUGCCUCCGUUUAAUGUCCCUCGAUAUCAGAGGUUUCCAUUAGGGGAUGGUAACUCUUCCCUCCUGGUUGAGGCUGUACAGAACAAUCCCAUCCUUCUCAUGGAAGGCAGCCCAGCGGUUGCUCUCCAGCGUCAAGAUGGCAUCAUGGAAACCAGUAUCCCUGUUCCUCUCCUAAGCUGCCAAGACACUUCCACGGAUGUUGUUCAGUUUCAUGGUGCAGUCUUCGUGGAAAAUGCCUCCCCUUCCUCCCCCAUAACAGCUCCCCACUUCAGGGGGUACAGAAGAGCAAGCGAAAUCAGCAUUGCAAGUCAGGUUUCUGGAAUGGCCGACAGUUACACGGCAUCAAACAUAGCUAACAAAACAAAAAAUCUUAACCAUUCCAAAAAGCUAAGUCUUCUGUCACAGCUUGCCCUCCCUUACAAACCUAACACAAAAACAAGUUCCCCUACAAAACUUAAUCAGUACCAUACUGAGCACCAUACUGAGCAGAGUCACAUAGGAAGAAUACUAGAGGUGGGGGAUUGGAAGCACAGCACCAGCCCAGGCAUCCAAGGCUCGGACAUCUCCAAAGUUGCAGCAAAGUGGUGGGGUACAAAAAGGAUUGACUAUGCCCUGUAUUGUCCAGAUGCCCUCACUGCUUUUCCAACAGUUGCUCUUCCUCACCUUUUCCAUGCCAGUUAUUGGGAAUCCACAGAUGUUGUUUCAUUCCUGUUGAGACAAGUCAUGAGACAUGAAACAGCAAGUGUCUUGGAGUUGGUUGGAAAAGAAGUUUCUGUGUUCAGCCCCUCAAAACCAAGAGAGAAGUGGCUAAGGAAACGCACACACGUAAAACUAAGGAAUGUUGCUGCUAACCACAGAAUUAAUGAUGCGUUAGCCAAUGAAGAUGGCCCUCAGACUCUCGCUGGAAGGUUUAUGUAUGGCCCUCUGGACAUGGUCACACUUACUGGGGAAAAGGUGGACAUUCAUAUAAUGACUCAACCACCAUCUGGAGAAUGGGUUUACUUCGAUACUGAAUUAACUAACAGCAGUGGUCGAAUUUCCUAUGUGAUCCCAGAAAAUAAAAAACUUGGAGUUGGGGUAUAUCCUCUCAAAAUGGUUGUCAGGGGAGACCAUACAUUUGCGGACAGCCAUCUUCAUGUUUUACCAAAAGGAACAGAAUUUGUAGUGUUCAGCAUUGAUGGAUCUUUUGCAGCCAGUGUUUCCAUUAUGGGCAGUGACCCUAAAGUCAGAGCAGGAGCAGUAGAUGUAGUGAGGCACUGGCAAGAUCUUGGCUACCUCAUUAUUUAUGUGACAGGCAGACCUGACAUGCAGAAGCAAAGAGUGGUAGCAUGGCUUGCACAGCACAACUUUCCGCAUGGUGUAGUGUCUUUUUGUGAUGGAUUGGUUCAUGAUCCUCUGCGCCACAAGGGAAACUUUUUGAAAAGCCUGAUUCAAGAUGUACACAUGAAAAUCCAUGCAGCUUACGGGUCCACAAAAGACAUCUCAGUAUACAGCUCUAUAGGUUUGUCACCAAUGCAGAUUUUUAUAGUAGGCCGACCCACCAAGAAAUUACAACACCAGUGUCAGUUUAUCACUGAGGGCUAUGCUUCUCACCUUGCCCAACUGGAAUACAGCCACCGAUCACGGCCUGCCAAGAACACCAACAGGAUAGCACUGAGGAAGGGAAGCUUCUGUCUUCCUGGUCAAACAGAUUUUCUGAGAAAGAGGAAUCACUUGCUCCGUACUAUCUCUUCGCAACCCACUAGUAGCAGCAACCACAAACCAGAAAGAACACAGAGUCAGUCUGAAAGUGACCGGGAUCGGGAAAAGGAACGUAGCCAAAGAAGUAUGAGUAUUGCAGCAGGAUGCUGGGGCAGGAGUGCAGCUACCACCAAGCUGGAAUCUGGCGUUUUAAGUCAGAAGUGAGCUACCAUGUUUUCUGAACAUUUUCUCAUGCACUUGGCUCUGGUUAGUUUAAAGGUGGAGGUUGGGAUGAAAAGAGGCACAACUUUGUUGGACAGUGAUGACAAAAUGGUGCUACUAUAUAACAACAAUAGCAGAGCUGGUGAUCAGAAAUGUUGAACUGCAGGCCUUAAAAGGGUGGUUAUGCCCAGGAACCACAAAGGGGGGCAAAUAAAAUUAAUCAAGUAUCCCAAUGUUUUUAUUUAUUUUACUUUUUAAACCAGGUCCAAUAACUUAUUGAUGUAAAUAUGUGCCUCCUAUACCUUAGCCAUCUCUAAAAUGUUAAUAGAAUGCACAGCACACAUCCUGUUACAUAGUGAAAGGGAUAGUACACAUUGUUCACAAACGCCUAAAAGCUUGAGAGUUGGUUAACUACUCAAGAAGAGGCAGCCUCCUCAGAACUUGGUGGAAAAUGGGAAGAACAAUUGACUUCAAUCCUGCCUUUGUUGGAAUUCAGUCUUGAAAACUAAGGCACAACAAAUUAAGAAACGGAAACAUUUCUUUCCUUUUUUUGCCGGAAAGAAGAAAGAUACUUUCAUGCAAUGACAAUAUUCCAGGAUCUCUUGACAGUCUGCCUUGCUUAUUUCAAUAUGUUGUGGACCUAUGUAAAGAACACCUUUAUAACCAGAUGUGAAAGCACUGCGCAGGUAUACCUUGCUGUAACUUUGGUGAUCAGAGGUUAAGUUCAAACCAGUAACCUAAGUCCUUUUGUAUCUAAAGUUCUUAAGAUUCUGUAAUUGUCCAGUUUGCUGCUUUUUGCGUGUAGUUGCUCAACUGUACAACCUCAUUGUUUUUUUGCACUGAUAAUUUUUAGAUUGGAGAUUUGUUACCAUCUCAUGUAGCUACACAUCUUUGUAUGUAGUGCAUGGUAAUUUAAAUAUUGCUAAGCCAGGGGAUAGAUAUUAAUAUUAUUUUUGUGUGCUGUUGUUUCACCACGGUAUGCAGAAUUUAAGCAGGCGUGCCAAAAAAAGUAAGGUAGAAACAAAAAAAGGCCAUAUCUCAUGUCCUAAGUUCCACUAUUAACCAGGGGGUCACUACAUGCAGAUGCAUGAAAAGUCUAUGGAACCUCAACAUGUUUUUGUCUCUUAAGGUUGAAAGAAAGCUCCAAUCAUCAAAUUUGUUAUAUUUAUUUAUUUAGACCAAUCAACUACAUUUCUACAGGUCCUUUUGUGAAAAAGUACAGUAUAGGAAACUACUGUACACACUUUAGCACUGUGAAAUCUCCCUGAUUGUGACUUGCAGAGGUGAACAGAAGCCAAAAAGGGAAUGCUUUUAGCUUGAUAUAAAGCCUAAGAAUGUGUGCACAAUAAGUAUUCUAGUUCUUUUGCUGUUCAAUCUAUCCUGUAAGUUGUCUUUGCCCAGACGUAACAGAGAGUUCAAUUUAUUGACAUUUUAACAUGGUUUUAACCUAUGCAGAAUAGACUAUACCAUUUGCCUGCAUAUAUGAACAGCAUCCGCUUUCUCUGUUUCUAAUAUAUAACACAAACCCCUCUACAAAAGCUUAUUUUACAUCGGAAAAUUUGGCUAUGAGACACAUCGCAUAUUAUAAAAUAGACAUUUACCUAAAGAUUCCCCUCUCCCCUCCUACAAAAAAAUUAUUUUUAAAAAUCUUUACCUUUAUAUUUCUAGAAUUAUCAACAUUGAUAAGACAUUUGAUGCUACUUUUUGGAUCAUAGCUAUAUAUAACAUAUAUAUAACAGCUGUGAUAGUAGUUUAAAGAGAUUUUGUUAAUAUGCCACUAACAAUACAAAGCACAGUAGACAUUUGUGUAUCGUAAGCUGUUAGCCUAGUGUUUGUGGCUGCACAGCAUUGACCAUUGAGGUCUUAUGAUACAUCUUAUGGAAGGUUUCUGUUAGAAAAAAAAAAAAGAGAUGAAUCCUUAACUGGACAAAUUAUGUACUGGUAUAAGAAUUAGAUAUGGCCUUUCAAGUAGUGAAUGCAAGCAACAACAAAAAAUGCACAAAAUGAGAAAAUGUAUGUAAAUUUAUUAUGUGCAAGGGAUGCUAAACUAUUGUGUGUAGAUAUUGUACAACAUACAAAUGUAAAUGUUCAGAAAAGUGGUUAUAUAAAAGUGAAAGUUAUUUAUUUAUGUAGAAAAUGUCUAGGAUGGGGAGGGAGAUCCUCCGGGAUUUUUAAUGAACAUUAAAAAAAAAAAAAAAAAAAAAAGCUUUUUGUUUUUAGGCAUUAUGUACAAAGCAAUUAAAUUAAAGGACCAAGUAUAAUGUAAUUUCCAUUUGCAUAAGUGCAAUAUUCUAGAUUUAUCCUCAUUGCUCCAUAUCUCCCAUGUAGAAUUGACAAUCAUACUCUGUAUAUCUUCAUACGUUUGCUGUUUAAGUUUUCUCAAUUCUGCAUUUCCUGACUAUGUUUUUUUUUUGGAUCUUUGCCACGUGGAAACAACAUAACAGAAUAUAUGUAAUUAUGACUGCAAUAAUAUCAGAAGGUGUAUAAAAAGGAGGAUUGUUCUAUGCGAUUCCACCACAAAUUAUUUAGGAAUGAAGUCCAGCUCAUCCUUACCUGCUGGAUAAUAUGUAAUUACCAUGUUAGUUUGUAUUUAUUUUUCCAAAAGCAAUAGUCAAAAAUAAGCUUCUAAUUGGGGUUGGGGCCAGCUCACUCUGAAUAGCUGUUUGUGUAUCUAAGUGACAAUGCCUAUUCUUUAUCAGUUUGAAACUGCUACGUUUUUUUUGUCUCUGUUGCUUCAGAAGGCCUAAUAACCACAACCUAUGUCUAUUUCAUCUAUGAGAAGUUGUAUCCAUAGAUUCAACAUCUUAGUCUCAAAUAACCAAAAAGAAAUAAAAAAUAAGUUUACAAUGUUACAAAAUACAAUAAAUGAAAACCAGAGGUUAUCUUACCGUCCAGAUUUCAACCCUUUCACAAGUAGCUUGCUGUUGUAGACACAACUAGCAUUGAUGGAGUUAAAUGCAAUUUUGCCUCCCAUGUAUAGGAUCCUGCACUUUCUCAAGCCCGGACAGAAAGGUAUUUUACCUUUGCUGCAUUUCCUAGAAGUUCCAGUAGCCUUACAUUUCUCGUAUUAUCUCCAGGAGUAUAAUCUAGACUGUCAGUUUUCUAUGUAAUAAUAUUUAUAAAGAGUUAUUUGUUGGGGAUAAUAGUAACAGUUGUUGUGCAGAUGUACGAGAGAGACUUGCACAUGACUAUGAACUCUUCCAAAUGUCUGUCUGCUGCUCCCUGGUUUUCAUUUUUUGUAUUACUUUGAUGUGUGUACAAAUACUAUUUAGCUUGUAUGUGUGUGUUGUUUUAGGCCUCUGUACUUUCUGUGCAGUACCCAUUGUACGUUACACAGAUUAAAGAUUUGAGAAGGCUAUUGGAUUGUAUCACAUUACUUUUCUACAAUGAUAUGGUUCUUUGUAUGGUCUCCUCAGUUAAUAACAACCAAAAGGAAACUAGGUAUAAAAGCUGAUGCCCCAUAUAAAAUUUUAGCAAAACUCCCAAGGAGAACAUGGUCAACCAAGCAGCAGACUCGUAUACUUAUUUAUUCCUACUUUUUACACAAAAGUAAACUCUGUACUGUAUAACUUAUCAGGUGCCUCAUGUGUUACACUUAAAGGGGUACUCCGCCCCUAGACAUCUUAUCCCUGAAUGCGGGGGUCCCGCCACUGGGAACCCCCCGCAAUCUCUCCUGCAGCAUCGUGUCAUCUGCUGCAUGGCGAAAACUUCACUCCGUGCCUAAUGACUGACGAUACAUGGGCCGGAAUAUCAUGAUGUCACGAUCCUGCCC